AGUGACCAUCCCCCUUUCCGGCAAUUUGAAAGAAGCGUAAGAAGUGUCGUGUGCGUUCAUCCCAAGCGAUCCCAUUUUUCGGCGUGCUCUGAAUUUUCCCACUCAAAGUCAGUGUUUUUCCCUUUUCUCUGUGAAGUUUUAUUUUAUUCUUUACCAAGAUGCCAGAAGACGUUAACAUGGAACAGGCUGAGACCUUCGUAUUUCAAGCUGAGAUUGCUCAGCUUAUGAGCUUGAUUGUCAACACAUUCUACUCAAACAAAGAAAUCUUCUUGCGAGAAUUGAUCUCAAACUCAUCAGAUGCCUUGGACAAAAUCCGUUACGAAUCUCUAACAGACCCAUCCCGUUUGGAAAGUGGCAAAGAACUUUACAUCAAGAUCAUUCCCAACAAGAAUGACAGAACUCUCACCAUCAUUGAUACUGGAAUUGGAAUGACCAAGGCUGACCUUGUAAACAACUUGGGAACAAUCGCCAAAUCUGGAACUAAAGCCUUCAUGGAGGCCCUCGCUGCUGGUGCUGACAUCUCUAUGAUCGGUCAGUUUGGUGUAGGUUUCUACUCAGCUUUCCUUGUCGCUGACACCGUCACAGUUGUCUCAAAACACAACGAUGACGAACAGUAUGUCUGGGAGUCCUCUGCCGGCGGAUCUUUCACAAUCAAAUCUGACCAUGGAGAACCUCUCGGCCGUGGGACCAAGAUCAUCAUGCACAUGAAGGAAGACAUGACUGAAUUCCUGGAGGAGCGCAAGAUCAAAGAUAUCGUCAAGAAGCACUCCCAGUUCAUCGGCUAUCCCAUCAAACUGCUCGUCGAGAAGGAGCGAGACAAGGAACUCAGUGAAGACGAAGAGGAAGAAGAAGUGAAGAAGGAAGACAAAGAAGAAAAAGAAGAAGACAAGGAUACACCAAAGAUCGAAGAUGUAGAAGAUGAAGAAGAGGGUAAAGAGAAGAAAAAGAAGAAGAAGACAAUCAAAGAAAAGUAUACUGAAGAUGAAGAGCUGAACAAGACGAAACCCAUCUGGACCCGCAACCCAGAUGACAUCACAACAGAAGAGUACGGAGAGUUCUACAAGUCCCUCACAAACGACUGGGAAGACCACCUAGCUGUCAAACACUUCUCUGUUGAAGGCCAGCUGGAAUUCAAAGCCUUAUUGUUCGUCCCUCGUCGUGCUCCAUUCGACCUGUUCGAGAACAAAAAGAAGAAGAACAACAUCAAACUGUAUGUCAGACGAGUUUUCAUCAUGGACAACUGCGAAGACCUCAUCCCUGAAUACCUGAACUUCAUCAAGGGUGUCGUUGAUAGCGAGGACUUGCCCCUGAACAUUUCUCGUGAAAUGCUCCAACAGAACAAGAUCCUGAAAGUCAUCCGCAAGAACUUGGUCAAGAAAUGCUUGGAACUUUUCGAAGAGCUGGCAGAAGACAAAGAGAACUUCAAGAAAUUCUACGAACAGUUCAGCAAGAAUUUGAAAUUAGGAAUCCACGAAGAUACUCAAAAUAGGAAGAAAUUGGCAGACCUCCUGAGGUACCAGACUUCAGCCACUGGAGACGAUGUCUGCUCAUUUAAAGAUUAUGUAGCUCGUAUGAAAGAGAACCAGAAGCAUAUCUACUACAUCACUGGUGAAAGCAAAGAUCAAGUAGCUAACUCCUCAUUUGUCGAGCGAGUCAAGAAACGCGGUUUUGAAGUAAUCUACAUGACCGAACCCAUCGAUGAAUAUGUAGUCCAGCAAAUGAAAGACUACGAUGGUAAGAACCUGGUCUCAGUCACGAAAGAAGGAUUAGAACUGCCUGAGGACGAAGAAGAAAAGAAGAAAUACGAGGAAGACAAAGUUAAGUUCGAAACCCUCUGCAAGGUAAUGAAAGAUAUCCUUGACAAGAAAGUAGAGAAAGUUAUUGUAAGUAACAGGUUAGUCGAAUCCCCAUGCUGUAUCGUCACAUCGCAGUACGGCUGGACAGCAAACAUGGAACGUAUCAUGAAGGCUCAAGCGCUCCGAGACUCUUCGACAAUGGGCUACAUGGCAGCCAAGAAACAUCUGGAAAUCAACCCUGACCACCCUGUCAUGGAUGCUCUCCGAGUGAAAGCAGAAGCUGAGAAGAACGACAAGUCAGUGAAAGAUCUUGUUAUGCUGUUGUUCGAGACGGCCCUUCUGUCCUCCGGUUUUGCUCUUGAAGAUCCUCAAGUCCAUGCUGGCCGCAUCCACCGAAUGAUCAAGCUUGGCUUAGGUAUUGAUGAAGACGAGCCAGUCAUGGUUGAAGAGGAGAAGCCAGACACAGCCAUGCCUGCAGCUGACGGAGAUGCAGAAGAUGCUUCAAGGAUGGAAGAAGUUGAUUAAACAUGACGUUUAUCACCUGUUCAUUCAUUCCAUUUGGUUCAUGUACCUUGUUCUUUCUCCACCUCUGUAGGUGAAUGUAACAAGAUUCAGAGUUCAAGUAUUUUUGUUCCUAUUCGCUGAACUGUACUGAGUAUUACUAAUUCUGCACUUUUCUUAAGUUCAAUCCUAGUGUAAUUUUCUCAUCGUUACUUAUUGUUUGUUCCUUAGCUUCAUUCUCUUUGUUGAUAACAUCUAGAAUCUGAUGAGGGUGAACUCUCUUACUAGUCUGACUGUAUGUCCUCAUAGGAAAUUGCAAAAUGUGUGAUGUAUUUUUCUGUUCUAAGAAAACGUACCUUUUUCUUAAGCUUUAAGAAUAUUUUGUAUCUUUCUUUUUUUAAAUAAACAAAAGUUGUUAACGCUAA